GUUGCGUAAAGCAAAAAAGGAUAAUAAAGGUAUUGGCGGCAAAGGCGCUGGUAAACUCACUGAUGAGGUUAUCAAUGAAUUAUCUUUAUACUAUGGCUUGGCAAUUCGUUGAAAUCCAGAUUCAGUUGAAGACAUGAAGAGAGAUGUGUGGGCAACCUAUUAUCAUAAAAUCUCAACCAACAAGAAUCCUCAACACAUGAAUUGUUCACUUGGUUCAUUUAGUUGGUGCAAGUGGCAAAAAGCUGUGGCCGACGGUACUAUUGACGAAUUUGACCAUGAAAAUUCUCCUCUAAAUGACGACGUUUUAAAAGUAAUAAAACCAAUUUAUGAAAGCUUAUCAACUGAUACUUUACUGGAACGAUGUUUGGGUUCUGAAACCCAAAAUAAUAACGAAUCGUUAAAUUUAUUAAUAUGGACUUUUACUCCAAAGUACAUCCACGCAGGAACGCAGACAAUUCAAAUUUCCACUUUCCUCGCAGUAUGUAUUUUUAAUGAAGGUUUUAUACCCAUAUUAAAAAUCUUAAGUGUCAUGGGAAUCACGAUUGGCCCAGAAGCUCAUGCGUUCGCAGUCAGGCGAGACGAAGUUCGCAUCGAGCACUCUGAACUCCGAGCUUCAGAGGCAUCAAAGGAAGCCAGGACUGCUCGUCUCCAUGAAAGAACUUCGGAGAAUAAGCAUUUUGAAAUAGAGAAAGGUUUCUUGUAUGGAGCAGGAAUUGCCGAUAUAUGACCAAAAGGGUUGAAAUCAUGCACGCCAGGACACCCUUUUUUUUUGGUACCAUCCACUUUGCCAGCUCAUAACUUUGUGAAUUUUGAGUUUUUUUCG